CUCGCCGUCCCUCCCCCCGCUCCCCGCUCCCCGGCCCGGCCCGGCCCGGCAGGAGGAUGGCCGCCUCCGGACCCGAGAAGACCACCAACAAGAAGAAAACCGAGAAGAAACUCGCCGCCCGGGAAGAGGCCAAAUUGCUGGCCGGCUUCAUGGGCGUCAUGAACACCAUGAGGAAACAGAAAACACUGUGUGAUGUUAUUCUUAUGGUCCAAGAAAGAAAGAUCCCUGCUCACCGUGUUGUCCUUGCUGCAGCUAGUCACUUUUUUAACUUGAUGUUUACGACAAACAUGCUUGAAUCAAAAUCCUUUGAAGUAGAACUCAAAGAUGCUGAACCUGAUAUUAUCGAACAGCUUGUGGAGUUCGCUUAUACUGCAAGGAUAUCUGUGAACAGCAACAACGUCCAGUCUUUGUUAGAUGCGGCAAACCAGUAUCAGAUUGAACCUGUGAAGAAAAUGUGUGUUGAUUUUUUGAAAGAACAAGUCGAUGCUUCAAAUUGUCUUGGUAUAAGUGUUCUUGCAGAGUGCCUUGACUGUCCUGAGUUGAAAGCAACUGCAGAUGACUUCAUUCAUCAGCACUUCACUGAAGUUUACAAAACAGAUGAGUUUCUGCAACUUGAUGUUAAGCGGGUAACACAUCUUCUGAACCAGGAUACAUUGACCGUAAGAGCAGAGGAUCAGGUUUACGAUGCUGCAGUCAGGUGGCUGAAGUACGAUGAACCUAACCGCCAGCCAUAUAUGGUUGAUAUCCUUGCAAAAGUCAGAUUUCCUCUUAUCUCGAAGAAUUUCUUAAGUAAAACGGUACAAGCUGAACCACUUAUUCAAGACAAUCCCGAAUGCCUUAAAAUGGUGAUCAGUGGAAUGAGAUAUCAUCUACUUUCUCCUGAAGACCGGGAAGAGUUGGUAGAAGGCACCCGACCGCGAAGAAAAAAGCACGAUUAUCGCAUUGCCCUGUUUGGAGGAUCCCAGCCUCAGUCCUGUAGAUACUUUAAUCCAAAGGAUUACAGCUGGACAGACAUCCGCUGCCCUUUUGAAAAACGUAGAGAUGCUGCUUGUGUCUUUUGGGACAAUGUCGUUUACAUAUUGGGUGGUUCUCAACUCUUCCCUAUAAAACGAAUGGACUGCUACAAUGUAGUGAAAGAUAGCUGGUAUUCCAAACUUGGACCACCAACGCCUCGAGAUAGCCUUGCAGCCUGUGCUGCUGAAGGCAAAAUUUAUACAUCUGGAGGUUCAGAAGUGGGAAACUCAGCUUUGUAUCUGUUCGAAUGUUACGAUACAAGAACUGAAAGUUGGCACACAAAACCCUGCAUGCUGACUCAGCGGUGCAGUCACGGGAUGGUGGAAGCCAAUGGCCUCAUCUACGUUUGUGGUGGAAGUUUGGGGAACAAUGUUUCCGGACGAGUCUUGAAUUCCUGUGAAGUAUAUGAUCCGGCAACGGAGACGUGGACUGAGCUGUGUCCAAUGAUUGAAGCCAGGAAAAACCAUGGACUCGUGUUUGUAAAGGACAAGAUAUUUGCUGUGGGUGGCCAAAAUGGUUUAGGUGGACUUGACAAUGUGGAAUAUUAUGAUAUUAAAUUGAAUGAGUGGAAGAUGGUAUCACCAAUGCCGUGGAAGGGUGUCACAGUGAAAUGUGCAGCCGUUGGAUCCACCGUUUACGUCCUGGCUGGUUUUCAGGGCGUGGGUCGCUUAGGGCACAUCCUUGAGUACAAUACUGAAACGGACAAAUGGGUAGCCAACUCCAAAGUUCGGGCUUUCCCAGUCACGAGCUGUUUAAUCUGUGUCGUUGAUACUUGCGGAGCAAAUGAAGAGACCCUAGAAACAUGAGAAAAUGGAGGAAACCCCAAGAUCCUCUCCAGAGACUCCGAAAAAUAUGGCCACCAGUGCUUUUCUCCAACAUUUUUGUUACAAAGUCUUUUUAAAAUGAUGCAAAAUCCUUAUAAAAUAUGUGUAUUUAUUUUAUGUGGGUUUUCUUAAAUCUGCUUGAUAGUUUUAAAAGACAAUAUUUCAUCAGACCACUAGUAUCCAGAAAUAUAGGAGUCAUGUACCAAAAAGCAGCAAAAAAAAAAUCCUCCCAAAUUGUAAGUAUUGGGUAAAAGCAUGAACGAAAUGCUGAAAAAUUCUGUAUUCACUUUCAACAGUUCGGCUAUAGGACAGUAAAAGAGGUGGAAUAUUGGGUUACUGGCAGACUCUAGUUCCCAUCUUUAACUGUCAUGGAACCACUGUGAAGAUUGAUGUGAUUUUUCAGUUCUUGCUCCAGUAAGAUCUGAGAUGGAAAGAGCAGAAGUUUUUCAGGUUAGUGUUAAGAUGCAUUUGAAUUCUUCCAUAAUUCUAGCUCUGUGAUUAGUAUACUUGGGAGCACUGCAGAAUUUGCUUCGUCUUCAAAUGUAUUGAAUUACAUGAAGCCCAAACCUGGACACAAAAAAUAGUCUUACAAACAAAAUUCGGGAACAAUGUUAAUCCAAUUUUGCACUUAGUACAUUCAGAGCCACUUACUUCCUUUCUACUCUACUCUCCUUUUAUCCAUUAUCAAUUUCCACAAUAAUGAAUAUGCCUCAUGUAACAAAGAAUAGCGCUCUUCCCAUUCUUCUCAUUUUUCAGACUAGUCUCGUCUUUCAUUUUCUUUUCUUCUUUUUACUCUUUUACCAAAUCCUCCUGCAUAAUCUUUGAAUAUCUUUCUUGGCCAUCCUCUGGGCCUCUGUCUUUUGUAUGCUUGUUUAGUUUUCUAAUCCCUUCUACCUGCUCUAUUCAGCAUUCAGAAUUUUCAGUCUUUCGCUCUCUUAUAUUACUAUGAAAAGACAAUGCACUCAAAUACAAUGCUUAACUCAUUGAUUUAAAUAGACUUCUGCAUCUCUGAUACUUUGAUCCAGUAAAAACAUAUGAAGACUGAAAUAUGUGUAUUAAAAAGUACUAUAAUCUAAAGAUUAUAAAACUAGCCCUAAUAUUUGAAUCAUUGUCAACGUUGAGCGUCAAAAGAAGUUAAACUAAAUUUUCUUCAGAUGGAAAAUAUCUGAGAUUUAUCCUAUCCAAAGGUCAACUUCCAAGAGUUUCUGCCUUCUUAAUGGAUGUUAUUUUUAUUGUCCCCUGGGUGACAAAACUAAAAAGUUUACCAAAAUGCCUCAUUAAUUGUGCUCUCAAUAUUUUUUUCCAGGAAGAAUUAGUGGGAAAAGUGUUCUACCUGCUUCACCCUUUACAUUUUACUACUACAUGGAACAUGAAAACUUUAGCUUAUCCAUAUUCUAAUCUGAUAUAGGAGUAUCUCCCAUAGGAGUAUUGGAGAUCUGACAUAUAUUUUAAUGUGAAAAGCCCAGGUUCAAUUUUGCCUUUUCUGAGAUGGCAAUAUUGAAUCAGUUUUAUAGUUACUCUGUUAUUUUUAAAUUUGUGAAGCAACAUUUUUCUAUUUUGUUCAUGGUUUUCUUCUUGUAUUGAUAAUCUGAAAUCUUUUAGAAAUAAAAAAAGAAUAUCAUCAUCAAGUAUACCAGUACUUACAUAGGGUUUUGAAUUGUACACCAGUGAAAUGUUUUUUCAACUGCUUGUUUUUUCUUAACCAGAUUAUCAGUUAAUUUAUAUUGAAUGUAUUCCUGUGUACUAUCACACAGUUUAGAACAAUCUUCUAUAUGAAGUUAUUCAGCUGCUAGGGGUCUUGACAUGAUAUACUUGUUUUGCAUACCGAUGAAAUAUGCUAUCUCAUAUUUGCCUGUUAUUUUUUUAUAGCAAGUGUUCUAUGGAGGCUGUUUUGAUGUAGUUUGCAAUGUACUUUUUUCCUCAUUUCGUUUUAUGCAGUCAGCAAGUGUAUGGUGGUAAAUCUUAAAUGUAUACAAACUUGUGUUUAUAUUCAGUAUCUGAACUAUUCUGAAAAGUUGUUAAUGGCAAGUGGUCAAAAUACCUCAGUGGGGCUUGGGGGCCAGUAAUUGUUUUCGUUAGAACAACUUUCUCUUGCAGGACAGCAAAAUCUCAUUAAUAUGUACCUCUCCAGUCCAGAAUUCUUUUUAUCAUUUUGACAGUGUGCUUAGCCACUGCUUCCUCCCUUUACCUGCUGUACUGCUCCCAGAGAAGGAAGGUUUUGGUGAAAAGUGUAACCUUUUGAUGUUCUCUGAUUAAGAAACCCCUACCAACCGACCACAAGAUGAUUGCAGGGGGUAGGGUGAAGGAGGUGUGAGUGGUAGAGGAAGAGACAGAAGAUCCUUAUCCUCCCAGCUGCCCUGUAAACAUUCAAAGAGAACAUUAGAGACAGAGGUACCCACACAAUACUGAAAUAAAGUUGGGUUAUGAAACUUCUAAAAUUUGGACUCUCCACUACUUUGUACUGGAUGUGGUCUCCAUUAGACUAAAGUGGUGAGGUUUUUACUGUAGUACCUAACCGUUAUCAUUUGUCUUACAAAUAAACUGAUCACCAGA